CUUAGCAACCGUUAUUGAGUUACCACAGAAACGCUCUGCUUCUCCUUUGUCCUCCUCCCUCCCUCGCUCUCUCUCCUCUCUCACUCUCUCCAUCCUGUCUUUAUUGCUGGUCGACUUCCUCCUUGCGUUGCUACGGCGAUGCUCUGGGACAUUCAGCUGGAUCAUUUUGCCGCCGCAGUGCCGGAGCGCAGAGCUCAACUCUUCAGCUGUGGACUGAUGAAGGAGAGCCGCCAGCUGAUCGACUGAAAAAAUGGCGUGAGUCUCUUCUUGCUUUUCAACUUUUUUUUAACACAACUACACUUUGUCUCGUGACCUUUAACUCGCUCUCAAGGAUCAGAGAUCAUCAAUCUGGAUUGGCCGGGCCGUGAGGUGACAUCGCAGGAAGUUGGAUGAAGUUCCAUCAAACCCAAACGCUCUCCACUGCGAUCGGCGUCGAUGUUUUCACAACUCCGUCAGUCUGAGAGACGUCUGGACGCUUCACAGACGCCAAACUCUGACCUGUGAACACUUCUACAAACACUAAAAAGCUCUACAUACUUGUCCUCCUCCUACUUGUACGCCUAGAUGAACGAGGAGGUGCAGGAGGCUGAGGAGCAGGAGCACCAGGAGAAGGAGGGAAUGCAGCAACAGGAUGGAGAGCAGGAGGAAGUGAAGCAACAGGAGAUGCAGCAAGAAGAGGAAGAAGUGCAGCAACAGGAGGGAGAGAAGGACGCGGAAAUGCAGCAACAGGAUGGAGAGCAGGAGGAGAUGAAGCAACAGCAUGGAGAGCAGGAGGCAGAGGUGCAGGAACAGGAGGGAGAGGAGGAUGCAGAAAUGCAGCGACAGGAUGGAGAGCUGGAGCAGGUGGAGUCAGAGGAGGUUCAGGAGGAGGAGGAAGUGCAGCAACAGGAUGGAGAGCUGGAAGAGGUGAAGCAACAGGAGAUGCAGCAGUUGGAGGAAGAGGUGCUGCAACAGGAGGGAAAGCAGGAGGAGAAGAUGCAUCAGCAGGAUGCAAAACAGGAGGAGGUGGAGUCAGAGGUGGUGCAGCAGGAGGAGGAGGUGCUACAGCAGGAAGAGGAGCAAGAGACGCAACAGGAAGAGGAGGUGCAAAAUGAGGAAGAGGUGCAACAACAACAGGAGGAGGUGCAGCAGCAGGAGGAAGGACAGACUGAGGAGCACCAGCAGACUGAGGAGGUGCAGCAGGAAGAGGAGAUGCAACUGGUGCAGGAAGAGGAGCAGCAGAGUGAGGUGGUACAGCAGGAGGAGGAACAGAUUGAGGAGCUCCAGCACACUGAGGAGGUGCAGCAGGAGGAGGUGCAGGAGGAGAAGCAGAUUGAGGAGUUGCAGCAGACUGAGGAGGAGGAGGAGCCGCACCAGGAAGAGGUGCAGACCGAGGAGAUGUCACAGACUGAGGAAGAGCAGACGGAGGUGCAGCAACAGACUGAACAGGAGCCGCAGUUUGAGGAUUCACAGCAGCACAGCGAGGAGGAGGCGCAGCAGAUUAAGGAGGUGCAGGACUUUGAGGACGCUGUGGAGCAGAACCACAACAACCAGGUCCUGAUCCGACUGAGAGGAAUGCAGAAAUAUAAAAGUACAUCACAGAGGCUGAAGGGGGUCCUGGAGCAGAUGGACCGAGGUGUCGUGGACCUGCAGGAACUCCGCAGGAACCUGGAGCUCGCUGCUGCGAUGUUGGACGCUGUUUACACUGAUGAGACCAAGCGUCUGUUGGACACUGAGGACGAGCUCAGCGACUUGCAGGCGGAGUCAGUGCCCAGCGAAGUACGUGAUUGGCUGGCAUGUACCUUCAGCAGAAAGAUGGGCGUGGCCAAGCGUCGUCCUGAGGAGAAGCCGAGAUUCAGGACCAUUGUCCAUGCAGUGCAAGCUGGGAUAUUUGUAGAGAGGAUGUACAGACGGACAUCCAACAUGGCUGGUCUGAACUACCCUCCCACGGCUUUGACAGCUCUGAAGAAAGUGGAUCACUGGUCGUUUGAUGUUUUUUCCUUCCACGAGGCCACCGGAGACCACGCCCUCAAGUUCCUGGUCUACGACCUGCUGACCCGCUAUGACCUCAUCAACAGGUUCAGGAUCCCGGUGCAGGCUCUGGUGCAGUUUGUUGAAGCUCUGGAAAACGGCUACAGCAAACACAGGAACCCCUACCACAACCUGAUCCACGCCGCUGAUGUCACCCAGACCGCCCACUUCCUGAUGCUGCACACUGGACUCAUGCACUGGCUCAGCGAGCUGGAGAUCCUUGCGAUGGUUUUCGCUGCAGCAAUUCACGACUUCGAACACACAGGAACCACCAAUAACUUCCACAUCCACACCAGGUCGGAGGUGGCCAUCCUGUACAACGACAGGUCGGUGCUAGAGAACCAUCACGUCAGCGCCGCCUACAGGCUGAUGGCAGAGGAGGACAUGAAUAUCCUGAUCAACCUGAACAAGGACGACUGGAGGGAGCUGAGGGCUCUGGUGAUAGAAAUGGUGAUGUCCACAGACAUGUCCUGUCACUUCCAGCAGAUCAAGACCAUGAGGAAUGCCCUGACACAGACACUCAGUAUAGACAAAGUGAAGGUCUUGUCUCUGAUGCUUCACGCUGCAGACAUCAGUCAUCCAGCCAAAGCCUGGCCGCUGCAUUACCGCUGGACUCACAGUCUGAUGGAAGAGUUCUUCAGACAGGGAGAUAAAGAGGUGGAACUUGGCCUUCCCUUUUCUCCUCUCUGUGACCGGAAAGCCACCAUGAUUGCCCAAUCACAGAUAGGUUUCAUCGACUUCAUCGUGGAGCCGACUUUCAGCGGCCUGAUUGACACAACAGAGAAGGUGAUUGGUCCUCUGAUAGAAGAGGACAGGAAGGCCAGAGAGACCGGAAACAGAAGGUCCAGUCUAACAGGAAGUGGUUCAGUUACCGUGGAGUCGGUGCAGAGACACAGCAAUGGCCGCUACGGGAACAGUGAUGAUGGACAGAUGGACUUUUCCCUGACGGCCAUUGACCUGCCGGCUCUGAGGCUCCACCUAUCCGGCGUCAUCGCCAGCAACAAGGACAGAUGGAAAGAGCUGUCUGUGCACGAGCUGGCCAAUAAGGUGCAAGAGGAACAAGACGAAGCAGAAUCUAAUCUCAGCUCAGACAUCCAAUCACAUUCGUCACCCAAUCACAGCGUCCCUGAGGGACACACGUCUGACCAAUCACAGAACUCAGGCGCCUUCCCUCCUGAUGACACACAUGACGACAAGUCACCCGACCAUCUGCCUGCAGAUCACCUGACCUGGAACGGGGCGGGGCCAGGGGAAGAGAAGGAUGAUGAUGAAGUGCCUGAAAACGUCUGAUGAUGCUCCACGGCAUCCGACUGUGGCAUAUCACCAUGGCAACAGGCGGCGCGGUGCGGUGACAAGAGUUCAGACUCUUCUGUUUAAACACAGCAGCUGACUCAAUGGCCCCUCAGUGGCCCUCAAAGGGCCACCACACCUUAUGUUUACAACCGACCAUGAAAAAGUGACAACAUUUAUCAGAAAUCAGCCUCUUAGCAGCUUCAUGGUCCAUUCACAGUGGUGACAGUGUUUUGUGAUUUUAUUAGCGACUCAGAGGAAUAAUGUCUGUGAAAUAAGUGGAAAUAUCAAAAGUCAAAUAAGAAUAAAGACAAGUGAACCAGUGAAACCAAAGAGCGUUUACAGUGGCUGAACCAUUUGUGGCUAAGGCUGGAUUAAUGUCAGUUAUCUGGAAGAACGAGACAUGGAGCUGUUAAGAAGCGGAUGUGGAGGUUUUUGUGAAUGAAGACCAGUUUUUAUAUGUUGGGAGUGUGAAGAGAGAUUUCUGCUCUGUUCUGGGUUCAGAUGAUCAAGCAUGUUGUGCUUCUGUCCUUGCCUCAAUAUGUGAUUUGCUGUCAAAGAGUAGCCAAUAGCUGAGCUGUUGUUAGCCACGCUAGCAUGGCGUUGGCCUGUGUUUUCCUCUACGACCACCAAGAUGUUGUUUUUCCUCUGGAAGUUGCUGAGACAUAACGCUCAAAGCCACGAUGAUUGAUUUGCAGCCUUUAAUUGUGCAAACAGACCGUGUUUUCAUCAGAUUCAAAAAAUGUCUCAACUACUUUUGGAUGGAUGCCAUUCAAUUCAGUUUCAUUUACCAUAAAACAUCCCGGGAUUUUUUUUUCUUCAAUCCCUGAACUCAGCCUGCCUAUAUUUGAGACAGGCCUUUUAUUAUAAUAGGCUGCCAUCAAUUUCCUUGUAAAAAAAUUACAGUAUAGGAUAAUUUAAUUCAUUUGAUUUAGCUUUAAGAGAUCGAUCUCAUUCACAGGGAGAGAGAGAGAGACUACUAGAAAGGAUGAAAGCCGAAGGUAACUAUAGUUAUUUUAACUUGAAAAACUGCUUUUGAUCAGUGAACCCUUACAGACAAAGGAAUAUAAAUAAUUAAGGAAUGGACAUAUAUUCUGACUUUUUGACCCUUUUAAAGGUUGGGAAUCACCACUUCUUUUUCAUCUUGUUUCCCAUAUCAUGCCAGUAAAUCUGAAUGAAUUAUACUUUGGAGCUCAUUGUUUUUUUUAAAAUAAAGUCAACGAUUGAACUGUGGAGAAUCUAUUCAAUCUAACAAUGUGUAGCAUGUCCAUACUGACAAACGUUUAAACAUUUAUAGUUGUAUGAGAGAUCUACCAGCUUAGAACUAGCUCAAGAGCGCGACCAAUUGGACUUUUAGAGGCUUUAUACUCCCAUAGAAUUAAUAUAAAAACCAGACCAGGCAUCUAAUUAGCUUUAACUAGGCUUUUAAUUGAAGUUUUACAGUAUAUAGCGCCAAAUCUCAAUAAAGGUUAUCUCAUUGCACUUUUCAUAUAGAGCACAUCUAGGCUGUAAUAUUCUUUAUAGAGACCCAACAGUUUCCACCGUGAGCAAGCACUUGGCCACAGUGGCAAGAAAACCUCCCUUUUAAACAGGCAGAAACCUUGAGCAAAACCUGACAUUUGUUUCAAGAAUUCAUGUCCCCCUUAAGGAUGAAUUUGAUAACUUUGGUGAUCCUUUAGCUUUUCGUCUAGCACCAUCAUCAGGGCAAAAUUGUGUCCAAAUACCUUUGUUCAUGACUAAAUACCUACAAAACUAAUGACAUUCCCAUCAGGCUCAGCUGUACUGUGUGCUUAGUGCUAAAAAUGCUUAACUAAGAUGGUAAAAAUUAUAUACCUGCUAAACAUCAGCAUGUUAGCUUGACUAUUGUGAACAUGUUAGCAUGUUGAUUUUAGCAUCUAGCUCAAAGCACUGCUGUACAGUACAGGCUCACAUAGCUGCUAGCAUGGCUGUUGACUCAUAGUGUUGUUACUUGAUUGGUUGCUUAAGAAGAUAAGAAAAACCUUUAUUUGAGACAGAGCAGCUAGCAUGGCUGUAGACUCAUAGUGUUGUUGUUACUUGAUUGGUUGCUUAUUUAUAUUUUGUUUUCUAAGAUGGUAGAGUAAAACUGGCACUUUUUUGCUGUACAAUCCUAAAUGUGUGUUCAGACUGAAUGCAAAGCAACUUUCGGAAUCUGUGCAAGAAAGUCAAUCAGAAGAUGAGAGGGCCAGCAACUCACUCACUCAAGGUGAUGCAAACUCAUGUGCAAGUUGAAAAGGUUUCAGCGACAACGCUAUGCUGUCACCCCGAGGUGUGCAUGACGCAGCUUCAUGACCGUUAAGUUACACUAGAAAAAGAAACCCUGAGUAUAAUUGGCUCAAUUUGCACCCUUCUAAACUCACACUUGCUGUUUUGAAUGUAUAAGUAGGUUCACACUGAUAAUUAUGGCAAAAUACAGUGCACUAUGAGUACGCGCAUGGUACGUUCAUAAUGGUCAAAAGGUUGAGUUUGGAAUGCUGGGUCACCCAACUCAACAGUCACCAUCUUGGCCACAUUGCGGCAGGGGAGGGACCACAAACUUUGUGAAAAUGGCGGCUUGGGAAGCUGCAGCGGUUCCAAGUAGAAGUAAAAGUAUGUUUAUUUUUAAAUAGAAUUGAAUUUAAGUCAAAUGACCAAACAAAUGAUGGCGAUAAUGAUCUGCCGGGUUACAAUUCACCAUUAAAAAGAAGAAGAAGUGACUUGAGACUGGUUCAGAACCAAGCGGUGCACGGGGCGCCCAUAAAGGUGUGUUCAGAUUGUAAAAAAUUUGUCUUGUUUUAUUUGCACAAGUGAAAAUGGCCGACGUACAGUGCUAGCUGUGGCUUGUUAGCUAGCUAGCAAUAUGUACCAAGUGUAUGUGUUGAGUGACUCAGCAAAGUUCAUCAGUGCGUCCUUUUAAAGAAAAGGUGAUGCUAGAAGCCUGAUGACGUGGUGACGAUUUGCAGUGCUAGUUGGUGAAAUACUACAGCUGGCGAGUGAACCCAUUAACAUAAACUAGCUAGCCAGUAACAGUCAGUAACAAUAGCUUUUUAAAGACAGUAAAAUAAAAACUACAUUUCCCAAGUUCUCCUCAUGUCUCCUUGUUUUAAUUCAGUAUUUUUACAUGAAAACUACUCUUUUCUCUUCCUGUAAAACAUGUUUUUGAUUACUCGGCCUGAACUUGGGAGCCAAUCAAUUAUGGUUUUGGGCAACAAGCUAAUCCUACCAAUCAGCUAGCAAUCAAAGAAGUCAUUAUAGUAGAGGUGUGUGUUUGAAUAUCGAUGGGCGAAAACAUUGUUUACGUUUUAAUUUCUUAAUUAUUCCCGUUUUCUCCUCUAACAACAUGGGUGAAGGAAGUUUUUUGGAACCCGAUGUGACCACAUUCAGACAAAAAAGUGGAACUAGCUAGAUUGGCAUCCCCUGCUUUCUGGUCUAUUUUCCUCUAAAUGGGACUAUAAUUUACUAAAUGAAAAGUGUUUACUGAGGUAGUAAUAAGUCAGCUGAGAAGUAGCCUCAUUUUCUCAUAGACUUCUAUACAAUCACACUUCUUUCUGCAGCCAGUGGAGUCGCCCCCUGCUGGCCGUUAGAGAGAAUGCAGGUUUAAGGCACUUCAGUAUUUGCUUCACUUUUAAGACCCACUUGUGUCAAAUUGACCCAGCCUGUACCUGCUGUGACAUCACUGGUUAGGGCGUGGCCAGUGGUUAAACGUGUUUGACAGUUUGAACCCACAGAGAACAGCAGCAGUGAAUCAGUGUGGAUUUCUAACCUUUUAAAUGGGAAGUCAAAGACACGCCAGAGUUUAUUUGUGACCACUUGUAAAGGAACUUUUUUUGCAACAUGGCUCAUCUUGUUGUACUUUUGGCCAAUAUACCCGUAGGUUCGCGUAACAUUGUACUCUCCAACAUCAUUGUAGAAAGUGUGGACAUGGAGUUGAGAUUGUCAGAGAAUUUUCCUUUAAAUGGACAGGAGCUUUCUGUACUUAUUACUACUGGUUAUAAAACCACGUUACAUCACUCCUUCUGACAGUGAAUUAAAAACAGUGCCAUCCGUAAGAUCAACACGGUGACAAGGGCAAUAGAAACACCAGUUUCUAUAGCAGUGGCCAAUGAGCUGAUGGGAUGGAGCCAACAUGGCCGACUGUAAAAAGCUCCUCUGAACACUGUGUUCAUGCAAUGUGUGGUAUAAUCAUCAUGUGCUCUUUGGCUGUGUGAGUGUGUAUGAGUGUGUGUGUGUGUGUAUGUGUGUGUGUGUAUGUGUGUGUGUGUACAAUGUAUACUGUAAAACUGUUUUCUGUAUUAUUGUAUUAAACAUCGAGAACUCAA